CUGUCUUUCCCGCCAUGUCGUUCGUGGAGAGCGGGAGGCGCUCGGCACCUCUGCGCCGCCGUCUUGGUACCCCUGUCCCGCUUGCUCGACCGGCUUUUUCCGCUUUCACUCAGGGAGACAGCUGGGGUGAGGGUGAAGUCGACGAGGAGGAGGGAUGCGACCGAGUGGCGCGUGACCUGCGGGCUGAGUUCUCGGCCGGGGCGUCGUCGGAACCUGGAAGGGACUCACUACUUCGGCCAGAUGGGGACGCGUCUCCCGUCCUGCCCGAUAAGCGCAAUGGCAUUUUCUCGGCGGAUGCGGGCGGCCGAACCCAGGCUCGGCGUUGGCCGCUCCAGGUCCUCUCAAUUCUCUGUUCGCUGCUGUUUGCCAUCCUCCUCGCCUUCCUUCUUGCCAUCACCUACCUGAUUGUAAAAGAGUUACAUGCUGAAAAUUUGAAGAAUGAAGAUGAUAUACACACUGGACUGUUAGGAUUCUGGACUCUACUUAUAAUAUCCCUAACUGCCGGAUUCUCCUGCUGCAGCUUUUCUUGGACAGUGACUUAUUUUGAUUCUUUUGAACCAGGAAUGUUUCCUCCUACUCCUCUUUCACCUGCCAGGUUCAAUGACCAGAGUUCUCCACUUCAGAAUGACUGCUCUCACACCUCGCAUCACCUGUGCACAAGCCCCAUCUGGUGGUGCAGUGAUGUGACUGCAGGUUUAUAGUUAUCAGCUUGCUGCCUAACUCAAUGAUUAUAAUAGGUCCUGGCUAGGGUAAAAAUGUUACUUUAUAGUCUAGAAAUAAAUUUAGUGGGGAAAUGUUAAUAUAUGUGAUGGGUAUAGCAAAAAGCACAAGGUAGACAGCUCAUUAGUUUUGUAAUUGAGUCAAAAUAUUCAAUAAAAGUGAUACGAAAAUAGUUAAAUAAGUCAUUAAAUUUGUCUACCUUAUAGUACUUUUAUGUAGAGUCAGAGGUCAAGGGCCAGUUUUUUUUUAAGGGCCAGUAUUCUUUAAGAAGCUAAGGGUGUUAUUUCAUUUGUUGCUAAUGAUAAUUAUAAAAGUCUCAUUCUGGCAUGAUUUUAUUUGAUCUUAUUUAGGUCAAAGUUCAAAUUUAACAGCAUAUGCUCCUGUAAUAUUCAAGCCAAGAAGUUAACUUUGUAGGGAUAGGGCUGUUAUUUUGUGGUGGUAAUACCCACAGAGACUGAUAUCCAAGGGGAAAAACCAAUGCUUGUAUUUUAAGUUAUUGAGGAUAUAGGAAUAUUUGUUAAAAGAAAAGUAGACAUUAUUUUGUUUUCUUAGGUAGCUUUUAAAAGAGACCUAACCCUCAGAAUUAUCCCUCAGGUAGCCAUUUUGAAUUAUGAGAAAUAAGAAAAAUAUUAUUUUUUUGUUUUAACUCGACUCAAAGUCAGAAUUAGUAUUUGUCCUUUGAGUGCCUCUCAGAUGGUCAUAUCUGUGCAUUUCCUAAAAUGAGGCAGAUUGGAAGGCAUAGUUGGAUGUUUAUUUUAUAGAACUAAGAACAAAUUCACUAUUUUAUAUUGUUAGGUUUGAAGUUUGGUAUUUGCUCUUAAAUGUAUUAUUGAUUGUAUUUAUGACUUAUUUGACGUGGGAGUGUGGUCAGAACGCAGGGGACCUUUACAAUUAUUGGUUAUUAUUAUGUCAUGAUUUCUAGGAAUAUGCUAAGGUAGAGAGUAGUGUCUUCACUAAAGCCUGCUUAAAAUAUAAUUUAUAGAAUUUGAUUGGCAGUCUACAGUGUUUCAUAAUGAAUAUACAAACCAGGGGUAUCUACAGCUGAUGCUAUUGGUCUUUUUGUCUAGAUCACUCUGAGUUAUUCACCUUUCUGUUUCUCCUUCCAACCACAAAUGGUAUUUGGUAAACAUCAGGACACUCAAUUUCAACAAACACAUGCUUUUAAUUUAAUUUAUUUCUGUACAGCUUUGUUUUUUGUUUUUUUAAUUGUAUUGUCUUACAAUGGUAUUUGGUAUUUGCAAAGUAAAUUCGAAGAAAGAAAAGGGAACAGUUGAUUGUCAUUUGAGUUGCUUUUUCGUAAACUGUUUUUGGUAACUAUUUUACAGAUUAAAAAUUAACACAUGAUCUGCUACUCUUUCAUGUGUUAUUUUCUGUGUAAAGUUCUGGAUGUAAUCAGAUGCUGAAAUAUUUAAAUCCAUUACAUUUGUACAUGAAUGUGUGUUUGUUAUUACUAUUGUUGUAGGAGGGAAGUAGAUUCAGGAUUUAGGAUUGGCAUUGCUCUAUUGUAACACUUUUUCUACUCAACAUUAAGUUUAUUUUUCUAUGACUUCUUGUUCCUUUUGACAUUGGGGGCUUUAAUUCUUGGGGAUUGAGAUACAGUACAAAACAGAAUAGUAAAAUCAUAAUAGUAAAGGAGUUUUGGGUUCUUGGGCAGUAAUAUAAGUCUUGAAGAUCAAGAAAAGUGGGUGAUUGGGCUUCCUAGGUGGCGCAGUGGUUGAGAAUCUGCCUGCCAGUGCAGGGGACACGGGUUCCAUCCCUGCUCCAGGAAGAUCCCACAUGCCGCGGAGCAACUAAGCCCAUGCGCCACAACUUUUGAGCCUGCGCUUUAGAGCCUGUGAGCCACAACUGUUGAGCCCAUGUGCUGCAACUACUGAAGCCCACGCGCCUAGAGCCUGUGCUCCGCAGCAAGAGAAGCCAUGGUAAUGAGGAGCCCACGCACCACAACGAAGAGUAGCCCCCACUCACCACAACUAAAAAGAAAGCCCGCGCACAGCAAA